CUUGGGCAAUCCCUUAGUCUUGGCUCCACUGUUAGAGGCACUGCUCAGGAUGAUGGCACCUACCAAAGUGGCACUCGAUCCCGCCCCUCCUCUCGUCCCUCUUCCCGCCCAUCAUCUGUCUAUGGUUUGGAUCUUUCCAUAAAAAGGGAUCUGUCCAGUUCCUCACUCAGACUCAAAACAGAAGGGGAGGUCCUGGAUGCAGCAUUUGCCCCUGGAGUCUCCAGAGCAAAGCCCACUAGUUUACCUAUCAGCCAAAGCCGGGGCCGCAUCCCCAUUGUGGCUCAGAACUCUGAGGAGGAAAGCCCUCUGAGCCCAGUGGGGCAGCCUAUGGGUAUGGCUAGAGCAUCUGCUGGUCCACUUCCUCCCAUUUCUGCCGAUUCCAGGGACCAAUUUGGGUCUAGUCAUUCCCUGCCUGAAGUGCAACAACAUAUGAGAGAGGAAUCUCGUACACGAGGAUAUGAUAGAGACAUCGCAUUCAUCAUGGAUGACCUGCAAGGCGCCAUGUCUGACAGCGAAGUGGCCUUAUUGUUUUGAGCCAUAAUGAUUUGUGAAGAAUUUGAGGAACUAG